AUGGCCAUGAGCCUCCCACACCUGGGCAGCGGAGGGGGUCCUCACACCCAACCCUCGCUGCCUUCGCUCCCAGCGCAUCUCCAAUCCGAUACGCAUCUCACUGCCCAUCUCGCCAGUCGUUUCCAUGUUUCUCUCCCAACCGCCCAACUCUCGUCUCACGCUCUCAUCUCUCUCAACACCUAUACUUCUUCGACCAAGGGCCCUGAUGGCGGCAAGGAAGGAAGCGCCAUGGCUGGCGCUGAGGAUUUGGCCGACCGCGCAUACCUUCGAUUAGGCCACCGAUCCGAGAACCAGGCCCUUGUCUUUCUGGGUGAAUCUGGUUCUGGCAAGUCGACUGUUCGAGCCCAUUUGCUCACAGCUCUCCUGAACAAGUCAUCAACACCACUGUCCACCAAGCUUUCGCUCGCCGCCUACGUUUUCGAUACUCUCACGACGACCAAGACGGCUACGACCCCCACCGCUUCCAAGUCAGGUUUGUUCUACGAACUCCAGUACGACACUUCGGCUACAACCAACCCCAUCCUCAUCGGUGGUAAGCUCCUUGACCACCGACUUGAGCGUAGUCGUAUUGCCGAUGUACCCACCGGCGAACGAAACUUCCACGUUCUGUACUACCUGCUAGCUGGUACGAGUGACGCUGAGAAGUCCCACUUGGGUCUGGAGGAUUCUGCUGGCCCGACAGGCACCUCGCAGAAGCGAUGGAAGUAUCUCGGUCAUCCCACCCAGCUCAAGGUUGGUAUCAACGAUGCCGAAGGCUUCCAGGUCUUCAAGAAUGCUCUGCGAAAGCUCGAAUUCCCUCGCGCUGAGAUUGCCGAGAUUUGCCAGAUUCUCGCAAGUAUUCUCCAUAUUGGUCAGCUCGAGUUCGAGUCGACCAGCCAGACCAGCGUCACCGGAGACGACAGCGGUGGCUUCUCUCACGAGGGUGGCAGCACAGUCACCGCCGUGAAGAACAAGGAUGUUCUCUCCAUCAUCGCCGCCUUCCUGGGUGUCAGCGCUGCUGAUCUUCAGACCACUCUGGGUUACAAGACCAAGAUGAUCCACAAGGAGCGAGUUACUGUGAUGCUUGACCCCAACGGCGCCCGCGCUCACGCUGGUGAACUUGCGCGCACACUCUACUCUCUCCUCGUUGCUUGGAUCCUUGAGACUAUCAACCAGCGCCUCUGCGCUCCCGAGGAAUCCAUUGCGAACACUGUUUCCGUCGUGGACUUCCCUGGUUUCUCUCAGCAAACCGCCACUGGAUCCGCCCUUGACCAGCUUCUCAACAACGCUGCCACCGAGAGCAUCUAUAACAUGACUCUCCAGAACUUCUUCGACCGCAAGGCUGACAUGCUUGAGUCUGAGGAAGUCAGCGUAGCACCAACCAGCUACUUCGAUAACUCAGAUGCUGUGCGAGGCAUUCUGAAGCCCGGUAACGGUCUUCUCAGCAUUCUGGAUGAUCAAACCCGCCGUAACCGAUCUGACAUGCAGCUUCUGGAGUCUCUUCGACGACGCUUCGAUGGCAAGAACGCUGCUAUCGAGGUUGGUGCUGCCACUGCCAAGCUGCCUGGUAGCAACUUCAUGACCGAGAACACCUCUGCGUGCUUUACCGUUAAGCAUUUUGCAGGUGAGGUUGACUACCCUGUCAAGGGCUUGAUCGAGGAGAACGGUGAGAUUAUUUCGGGCGAUCUUCUCAACAUGAUCAAUGGCACCAAGAGCGAGUUUGUCGCUCGUCUCUUUGGCCAGGAGGCUCUGCAGACCGUCACCCACCCCAACGAGCGUACUGCUGUUAUGCAGGCCACUGUCAGCUCCAAGCCCAUGCGAGCACCCAGUGUCAUGUCCCGAAAGACACACCGAACCGCUAGGCCCAACACUGCCUACCGACGCCAGCAGCAGGAUGCUAUGGAGGAUCUAGAGCAGAAGAGCCAAGCUGGAGAGUCAAGGAAGAACGUCAAGAUGACCAUCGAGCAGGGAGCUUCAGGCCAGUUCCUGUCCUCCCUGGAGAAUGUGCAGAAGGCGGUCACUGAUCCUGGUACCAACGCCUACUUCAUCUUCUGCCUCAAGCCCAACGAUCGACGUAUCGCCAAUCAAUUCGACAGCAAGUGUGUUCGAACCCAGGUCCAAACCUUUGGCAUUGCAGAGAUCAGCCAGCGACUCCGUUCUGCUGACUUCAGUCUGUUCCUGCCAUUUGGCGAGUUCCUCGGCAUGGCAGAUGCUGAGACCAUCCUGGUUGGCAGCGAACGCGAGCGUGCCGAGAUGGUCAUUGAGGAGAAGCAGUGGCCUAACAACGAGGUUAGAGUUGGUGCCACCGGUGUCUUCUUGAGUGAGCGGUGCUGGAUGGAGGUUGCGCAGCUAGGCGAGAUGGUCUCCGUGUCAGGCCGUUUCGGUGGUUUGCCAUCCUCUGAUGCUGGUGAUGGUCUUACUCCUGCCGAAUCAACGCCCUUCGGCGCCUCCAAGGAGCACCUUGUCUCUGGCGGCAACACGCCUCUCAUGUAUGGUGAGAAGGCCAAGGGUGGUUACUUCACUGACGACAGCCGCUCUGAAGCUGGUGUCUCUGCCUUUGGUGGUGGCGACAUGUUUAAAAACCUUGACACUCGUGAGCAGAUGGCCGAGCGAGGUAACGAGAAGUCUUUAGAGGAAGUCGAGGAGUACAGAGACAAGCCCAGUCGAAAGCGAUGGGUCGCCCUCGUCUUUGUGCUUACCUGGUUUAUUCCCGAUUUCCUUGUUCGACUUGUUGGACGCAUGCCUCGAAAGGAUGUUCGUAUGGCCUGGCGAGAAAAGCUGGCCAUCAACAUGCUCAUCUGGCUGAUGUGUGGUAUUGCUGGUUUCGUCAUGGUCGGAUUUCCUCUCCUCAUUUGCCCAAGGCAACAUGUCUACAGCACCGCCGAGUUGUCCUCGUACGACGGCAAGAAGGGUAGCGAUGGCGCCUAUGCUGCUAUCCGUGGCUUCGUUUUUGAUAUUGGCGCCUACCAGAUCAACCAUUUCCCCAACAAGCUGGUUUCUGAAGACACCUUCCUCAAGUAUGCCGGCAAGGACAUCAGCGCCCUCUUCCCAGUCCAGGUUUCCGCUCUAUGCCAGGGCAAGGAUGGCUCCAUUCGUCAUGAGGUUCUCCUCGAGAACAGAGAUACCAACAUCACUGGCCAGCCUCAGCUUCUCCUGCAGAGGGAUGUGGAUCUCAACUCCAAGUACCACGACUUCCGAUGGUUCACCAACGACAGCCGACCUGAUUGGUACUUUGAGCAGAUGUACAUGCUCAGACACACCCACAUGAAGGGUAGAAUGGGCUAUACUGCCAAGUACGUCAAGAAGCUCGCCGACACCAAGAGCCAGUACAUCGCCAUCCUCAAUGGCCGUGUGUACGAUAUGACCAUGUAUCUGAACGGCGGUCUGCGUAUGAAGGGCAAGAACGACAAGGACGCUCCCAACAUUCCUGGUGCUACCAGAUUCAUGGACUCUAAGGUUGAAGGACUAUUCCAGAGCAAGGCUGGUAGUGACCUCACCAAGUACUGGGAUCAGCUCAGGCUGGACGAACUCACCAAGGCUCGCAUGCUCACCUGUCUCAACAAUCUCUUCUACAUCGGCGAUGUCGACACGCGAAACUCCACUCGUUGUCAGUUUGCAUCGUACUUCAUCUUGGCUAUAUCCUGCGUCCUCGCCUCCAUCCUGGUCUUCAAGUUCCUUGCUGCUCUUCAAUUCGGAGGCAAGAACGCGCCUGAGAACCUUGACAAGUUCGUCAUGUGUAUGAUUCCCGCCUACACUGAGGACGAAGACUCGCUGCGUCGUGCCAUGGAUUCGCUGUCGCGUAUGAAGUACGACGAUAAGCGCAAGCUUCUUGUCAUCAUUUGCGAUGGUAUGAUUAUUGGUCAGGGCAACGAUCGACCUACUCCUCGCAUUGUGCUUGACAUUCUGGGCGUGUCUGAGACUGUUGACCCUGAGCCUCUCAGCUUCGAAUCUCUGGGUGAAGGUCAAAAGCAACACAACAUGGGCAAGGUCUACUCGGGUCUGUAUGAGGUCCAGGGUCACAUCGUUCCCUUCAUGGUCAUUGUCAAGGUCGGCAAACCUUCCGAGGUUUCUCGCCCUGGUAACCGUGGUAAGCGAGACUCGCAGAUGGUCAUGAUGCGUUUCCUCAACCGCGUUCACUAUAACAUUGCCAUGAGUCCCAUGGAGCUCGAAAUGUACCACCAAAUCCGCAACAUUAUUGGUGUCAACCCGACCUUCUACGAGUACAUGUUCCAGAUCGAUGCCGAUACCAUGGUUGCCCCCGACUCAGCUACUCGCAUGGUUUCGUCCUUUAUCGAUGACACUCGUCUGAUCGCCGUCUGUGGUGAAACUGCCCUUACCAACGCCAGGUCUUCGUUCAUCACCAUGAUUCAGGUUUACGAGUACUGGAUCUCUCACAACUUGUCCAAGGCUUUCGAAAGUCUGUUUGGUUCCGUCACUUGUUUGCCCGGUUGUUUCUCCAUGUACCGAAUCCGCGCUGCUGAGACUGGCAAGCCCCUCUUCGUCAGCAAGGAAAUUGUCGAGGACUAUUCCACCAUCCGUGUCGAUACCCUCCACAUGAAGAACCUGCUUCACCUUGGUGAGGAUCGUUACCUGACGACCCUCCUUCUCAAGUAUCAUUCCAAGUACAAGACGAAGUAUCUCUACAGCGCGCAGGCUUGGACUAUUGCUCCCGACUCUUGGGCCGUCUUCCUCUCUCAGCGACGUCGGUGGAUCAACUCGACCGUUCACAACCUGGCUGAACUUAUCCCUCUUGCCCAGCUUUGCGGUUUCUGCUGUUUCAGUAUGCGUUUCGUCGUCUUUGUCGAUCUUCUGAGCACCAUCGUCCAGCCCGUCAUUGUCAUGUACAUUGUGUACCUGAUCUACCAGGUUAUUGCAAACCCUUCAGUUGUUCCUAUCACGGCCUUCUUGUUGCUCGCUGCCAUCUACGGCUUGCAAGCCAUCAUCUUCAUUCUGCGCCGCAAGUGGGAGAUGGUUGGUUGGAUGAUCAUGUACAUCCUGGCCAUUCCCGUCUUCUCCUUUGCCCUGCCUCUGUACUCCUUCUGGCACAUGGAUGACUUCAACUGGGGUAACACUCGUGUUAUUGCUGGCGAGAAGGGCAAGAAGAUUGUCGUGUCUGAUGAGGGCAAGUUCGAUCCCAAGUCUAUCCCCCGCAAGAAGUGGGAGGAGUACCAGGCCGAGCUUUGGGAGACCCAGACGGCUCGUGACGACGUUCGAUCCGAGGUCUCUGGUUACAGUUACGCCACCAAGGCUCAAGGUCCCUUCUCUGAGUAUGGCGGCUACCAGCCCAGCCGCCCUGGCUCGACGGUUGGCUUUGCUCCCCAGAACAUGUCUCGCAUGUCUCUGGCUCACUCUGAGAUGCCCGGCAACCGCAUGAGCCAGUUUGGCGGAUCACAAUUCUUCUCUCCCGAGGAGAUGGUUGGCAUGCCUAGCGACGAUGCUCUGCUCGCCGAGAUCCGUGACAUUCUCAAGACGGCCGAUCUGAUGACCGUCACCAAGAAGGGCAUCAAGCAGGAGCUUGAGAGACGCUUCAACGUCCCCCUGGACGCUAAGAGAGCCUACAUCAACUCUGCCACCGAGGCUUUGCUUUCGGGUCAAUUGUAA